AUGGAUAUCCAUUUGCAAGAAAAUCAAACGGGGAUCCGGUUUACUUGGAAUUUAUGGCCCCCUACGAAGAGUGAGGCAGCGAAAAUAGAGGUGCCGCUGGGUUGCCUGUACACAGUGUUGAAGAGAACGGAUGACAACAGCGUGAAGCUAGUGGAAUAUGAGCCACUUAAGUGCAAAACGAGCAACUGCAUCCUGAAUCCGUACUGUAACAUAGACUUUAGGAACAAGACAUGGACGUGCCCCUUUUCGAAUAUAAAGAAUCCCUUCCCGAUGCACUACGCGGAGCACAUCUCGGAGAAGAACCUCCCCGCCGAUGUGAUGUACUCCAACAUCGAGUACAUACAGCCGUCGAACGUGGGGGACAUCCCUCCGCCGACGUUCCUGUUCGUAAUCGAUACGUGUCUCCUAGAGGAGGAGCUAGAACAACUGAAGGAUUCCAUUCAACAGUGCAUAAGUUUGAUGCCACCAGAUUCACACAUCGGAAUCAUCACUUUUGGAAAUAUGUGCUAUGUUCACGAAAUAGGAUUCAAGGACUGUCUAAAGUCUUAUGUAUUCAAAGGGACGAAGGAAAUUAGUGCACAAGAUUUACAGAAGCAAUUAAAUUUGGGAACACGAAAUGAUCCCAGAAGUUCCACCACAUCUGCAUCAGCAAGACGGUUUCUACAACCAGUUAGUGAAUGCGAAUACAACAUCAAUAUGUUAUUGGAGGAUAUCCAAAAGGAUAAUUGGCCAACUCCACCUGAUCAGAGAGCAAAGAGGUGUACAGGAGUAGCCCUCAGUGUAGCAAUAGGUCUCUUAGAAUGCUGUUGUAACCAAUUGAGUGGCAGAGUUAUGAUGUUCAUAGGAGGAGCAGAUACUACCUCUCCAGGUAAAAUAGUGGACACACCAUUAAGUGAGUCAUUAAGACAUCAUCUAGAUUUACAAAAAGAGAAUAGUAAUGCUAGACAUGUGAAAAAGGCAUUAAAGUAUUAUGUCUCUUUAGCUAACAGAGCUGUAGCAUCUGGUCAUGCAGUUGAUAUAUUUGCAUGCUCAUUAGAUCAGAUCGGAUUGUAUGAGAUGAAAAUAUGUUGUGAAAAGACAAACGGAUUUAUGGUAAUGGCAGAUUCUUUUUCUAUGAAUGUAUUUAAGGACUCUUUUAAGAAAAUUUUUGAAACAGAUUCUAAUGGAUAUAUCAAACAUGGGUACAAUGCAAAACUGACCAUUAUUUGUUCGAAGGAAUUCCGAGUUUGUGGUGCUAUUGGUGCUUGUUCAAGCAAUAAAAAAAUUGCAAAUUAUGUAUCUGAUACGUGUGUAGGGGAAGGGGGGACUUGUGAGUGGACCAUAUGUGCGUUAGAUAGACAAUCUACGAUAGCCUUCUACUUCGAAAUUGUGAAUCAAAAUAUUGCAUCCCUUCCCCCGGAUAGACAAGCAUACUUACAAUUUCAGACACUGUAUCAACAUCCGAGUGGACGAAGAAGGUUGCGAGUUACAACCAUUUCUUACCGCUUCGCAGAAGCAAAUAUUGCAGAAAUAUCUCAAGGAUUUGACCAAGAAACUGCUGCUGUGAUUAUGGCUAGAUUUGCGGUUCUAAAGGCCGAGACGGAUGAACCCAUAGAUGUGUUAAGAUGGCUAGAUAGGAAGCUUAUACGAUUAGUGAGCACCUUUGCAGAUUAUCAAAAGGAUGAUGUGAACUCGUUUCAUUUAUCUCCUGAGUUUUCCAUUUACCCACAAUUCAUGUAUCACUUGAGGAGGUCCCAUUUUUUGCAAACAUUUAAUGCUAGUCCGGAUGAAACAGCCUACUAUCGAUCUAUCCUUCUCCGAGAAAACACCAUGAAUUCUCUCAUAAUGAUACAACCAGCGUUAUUGCAAUACUCUUUCGAAUCACCCACUCCGGUACCUGUCCUUCUUGAUGCGCAGUCACUAAAGUCAAAUGUGAUCCUACUCUUGGAUUCUUAUUUCCACAUAGUCGUAUGGUACGGGGAAAUGAUAUACCAAUGGAGAGAACAAGGCUUCCACGAGAAACCAGAGUAUGAACACUUUAGUCAGUUACUGAAUGCUCCUCAUGAAGAUGCUAAAUCCAUUUUAGAGGACAGGUUUCCCAUCCCGAAGUUUGUUUUGUGUAACAGUGGUGGUAGUCAGAGUCGCUUUCUGCUCGCCAAGGUGAACCCUUCCACAACGCACAACUCGCUCAGUGGCAGCACCUUCGGCACGUCCAACAGCGAGUCCUACAUUAUCAACACGGACGACGUGUCGCUGAAGAUUUUUAUGGACCACCUGGUGAAGCUGGCCGUGCAGACGUGA